CCCAUUCCCACUUCUAGAAGAUUCUCUCUUAGGAUAUAAAGAGCAGGACAGGAGUGUGCUGCAGUCACACGUUCCACAGGACACAACCACGAGACGAGAGACCCUGCGAAUCUGUGCCAGAAUGAAAAUCGCAGACAUCAAAACAUCUCAAGGCUGCUACAGCUGCAUUUGGAGACAGACAGGAUGUGGAUGACUAACCUCGUAGCUCUUUGUCUGCUGGCCCUCGUGGCCUCUGCAGAGGACAAGAAGCUGAGCAGCCAUGCUACCACGCUGGCUGACAACAGCGCCAACCUCGCAUUCAGCCUCUACCACAACAUGGCAAAGGAGAAAGACACAGAGAACAUCGCCAUCUCUCCUCUGGUGGUGGCCUCCUCUCUGGGGAUGGUGGCUCUCGGUGGCAAGGCCUCCACUGCCUCUCAGGUGAAGACUGUCCUGAGUGCUGACAAACUCAAGGACGAGCAUCUGCAUGCAGGCCUCUCAGAGCUCCUCUCUGAAGUAAGUGAUGCCAAGACACGCAACACCACAUGGAAGAUCAACAACCGCCUCUAUGGCCCCAGCUCCGUGUCCUUCGCUGAUGACUUUGUAAAGAGCAGCAAGAAGCACUACAACUACGACCACUCCAAAAUAAACUUCAGGGACAAGAGGAGUGCUGUGAACUCCAUCAACGAGUGGGCGGCCAAGUCGACAGACGGCAAGCUGCCCGAGAUCACCAAGGACGUCCAAAACCCAGACGGAGCCAUGAUUGUCAACGCCAUGUUCUUCAAACCUCACUGGAACGAGAGAUUCCACGAAAAGAUGGUCGACACCCGUGGUUUCCUGGUUACCCGCUCAUUCACCAUUGGAGUUCCCAUGAUGCACCGCACAGGUCUUUAUGACUUCUAUGAGGACACAGAGAACCGUAUCUUUGUGCUGAACAUGCCUCUGGGCCACAAGCAGGCCUCCAUGGUCCUUAUCAUGCCCUACCACCUGGAGCCCCUGGAACGCCUGGAGAAACUCCUGACCAGGAAGCAGGUGGACACUUGGCUCAGCAAGAUGGAGAACAGGGCUGUAGCCAUCUCCCUCCCCAAAAUCUCUGUGGAAGUCAGCCACAACCUGCAGAAACAUCUGGCUGAGCUUGGCCUCACUGAGGCUGUGGACAAAGCCAAGGCUGACCUGUCCAACAUUUCUGGAAAGAAGGACCUCUAUCUUUCUAAUGUCUUCCAUGCGUCAGCCCUGGAGCUGGACAUUGACGGAAACCCAUACGACACCAGCAUCUUCGGCACCGAGAAGCUGAGGAACCCCAAACUUUUCUACGUGGAUCACCCCUUCAUUUUCCUGGUGAAGGACAACAAGACCAACUCCAUCCUGUACAUAGGCAGAGUGGUUAGACCUAAAGGGGAAAAGAUGCGUGAUGAGCUAUAAUGUUAAUGUUCUGUGAAUGAUGAUGGGUAGCUUUGUUACUGAAAUUAUGGCAGGAGACAGCGUGUGUGUUUUUGUAUGACUGUUACCUCAAGAGCACAUUCCAGUAGGCAAUCUGUGGACUGAAUAUCCGAGCAACACACUAAACCAUCCCAGGGAAAAAUGCUUCACAAAUGCUUCACUCUGAAGGCCACUUGGAUUCUUCAUCUUCCCAGUAAAACAAAACAAAACAAAAAAACGUGCCUUGGUUUAAAAUUUCUGCAAACAGACAGCAGUCGGCACCGCAUGCUUAUAUUAAGUAUGAUCCCUUUUUCUUCACAUCUGGUUGGUUUGAGAACAAUCCAUGUGCGUCUUCUUGCAUUAUCUUUAAUGUUUAAAGAACAAAAAAGAUCUUUGCACAAGCUUGUUUGACAGUCUCAUUCCCUCCCUUGUUUCCCCUCCAUUCUGCACUGAACUGUCCCUCUGCUUGAGCUGAAAGGUGCUUAAUUUAUGCUCACUUGCCAACCAUUCCGCAUUGUUUGUUGCCGUAGGUGUUUUCCACAAAGAAACUGUUGGACGUGCGAUUAUUGAUAAUGUGUUAAUUUUUUUUUUCAAUAAAAUUAAGAAAAUUA